GCUCUGCGCCGAUGAUGCUAACCAUUGUGCUAACGGCUAAUCUGCCAGAGAAACGUCACCACGUUAGCGUUAGCAGGAUUACUUUAGGAUUAGCUCCAGCUCGCUGCUCGGAUCUAUGAGCUGCUAGCUGUUAGCUCCGUUAUAACAGGAAUGGACGGAGGUACGGUGGCCGCGAGAGACACAAAGGUGUUUGGACGUCAGCGGGUCUGGACUGCUCCAUGACGUUAUGGUCCUCUCAGACCUGCAGGAUGUCGGAGAGUGAGGCGGCUGCCGGUACCGGUCCAGCUCCUGGCCGUCCCCCCCUGGCUCAGAAGGCGCUGUCGGAGGCGUUCUGUGGGCUGCGGUACCGCGACACGUCGCUGCUGGUGUGGCAGCAGCAGCAGCUGCAGGUGGCGCCGCCCGCCACCUACCUGAGCCGCAGCCAGUCCGCCUGGUACAGCAGCUACGGGAACCAGGCCGUGCUGGUCCGGGACCAGAGGGCUCUGCAGGAGGUCCAGGCCCGCUCAAGGAUCUGCCGCCUCAUGUAAAUCCUGAACAGAGACUUCCUGUUCUGCUUGUCCGAUCUGGAUUAUGGAGGCUCGAGAGAACUUCAGUGGAACCAGCUGCAAAGUAAAAACAGGACAUGUUCAGGACACAAACUGAUGUUUCUGUUCUCAUGUCUUCUGUUUGGUUCUUGGAUUAUUUUCCGCCAACUAAAUGUGUUCCGGUUCUGUGAGACCUUUCAUCAGGUGAUCAUCAACCCAGAGCUGAAUGUUAAACUGGAGGACUUCUUGAAUAAAGCUCAU